AUGAAGGGCGUUUUGGUGGCUUUCUUGCUGUUGGUUGUGCUCCUUUUAGUUACAGCUGAUGCCAAAAAGCGUGGAAAAGAGGGAUCAAGACGGAAGAAUGGGAUAAAGCCGGGUAUGAAAGGUUAGUUUGAAAUCGAACUAAAAAUGUAUUGUUUUAUUGCAUGUUACGUAAUUUCAAUCACAGAAAUCCUUCCUCAAUCGAAGUUGAUUUUCCUCACUCUUAUUUAUAUUUUGUAGAAUUAAAAUGCCCCAGGAACUGUUCAGACUGUGAAGAGGGGAUAUGUCUAGAAUGCGACGACGGUUUUGCUCUUAAAACGUUUCGCAACAACAGAACAGGGUGUAUACCGUGUGGCCGUCGUCUUAAAAUGAAGGAUCCUGCUUCAUUCCUCCAACAAUGCGUCAACGGUAGGUUUAAAAAUGGGUCGUUAAUAGCCAAAUCUGACCAUUCUACAUUUAUUACUCGACAGGUAGUUUCUUUGAAAGAUCCGUUACUGUAACGGUAUACUUGUAACGAUAUACUUUACCUCAACAUACAUCCUAUAUGAUUACAUAUAUCUUUCCUCAAAAAACGCCUUGAGCAAACGCGCAGUCCCUAAACACUUAUUUGCACUUUUCUACACUUGUCUGUGCCGAUAAUUCACCUUGAUAUAUCGAUCACUUUAUAGUACAUCCCGGGAAUACGUUGCUUUAAUAUUUUGCAUUAUAUGUUCUUAUUUACUCAGAUUGUUCCAGAAACUGUUCAGCUUGUGAUAAUGGUAACUGCCAAAUGUGCGACCCUGGAUUCUUCAAAGUUCAAACGAGACUUUUAAAAAGAACGGUUUGUGUUCCUUGCGGUCCUCGAAUGAAAAGAAAUUGGCCGGACGUUUUCGUGAGGGAAUGUAAAGAGUCCGGUAAGUAGAUCACUUAGUUUCAGAUGAGGUCAUAGUCUAGAGCGAUCUUCGCAACCCUUUUUUUUCACCCCAUAUAACCUGAGCAGGGUUCACGCAUGUUCUGUGGUGUAUUCCUUGAAACAUUAGGUGAAGGUUUUACCUGUGGGCCUAGAUUUUUGACCGUUCGUGCCAAAGUCUUCGAUGUAAGUGAAGGAUCGCUAUUUUUACUUGACUAGAUAAAUAUAGCAAAUCUUUGCCACUUAGCUUGGUGUAAGCUGUUGAAACUACGAGAAGCUAAUAAGAAAACAAAAGCACACGAUUACUUUUUUGAAAUGAUUUUUUUGCACCGUGCUAAUCUUCCUGUUGAAUUCAAAGUAAUAGUUUUGAAGCAAAGGAAAAAUGCAAUAAAGAGCCAAAACAAAGAUGGAUUAGAUCAGAAUGGAUAACGAAUGACGAACCGAGGUUGAUUUUCCUCACUCUUAUUUAUAUUUUGUAGAAUUAACAUGCCCCAGGAACUGUUCAGACUGUGAAGAGGGGAUAUGUCUAGAGUGCGACGACGGUUUUGCUCUUAAAACGUUUCGCAACAACAGAACAGGGUGCAUACCGUGUGGCCGACGUCUUAAAAUGAAGGAUCCUGCUUCAUUCCUCCAACAAUGCAUCAACGGUAUGUUUAAAAAUCGGUCGUUAAUAGCCAAAAUCUGACCAUUCUACAUUUAUUACUCGACACAUAGUUUUUUUGAAAGACCCGUUACUGUAACAGUAUACUUGUAACGAUAUACUUUAUCUCAACAUACAUCCAUAUGAUUAAAUAUAUCUUUCCUCAAAAAACGCCUUGAGCAGACGCGCACGUCCCAAACACUUAUCUGCACUUUUCUACACUUGUCUGAGCCGAUAAUUCACUUUGAUAUGUUGAUAACUUUAAUGUACAUCCAGGGAAUACGUUGAUUUAAUAUUUUGCAUUAUAUGUUCUCAUUUACUCAGAUUGUUCCAGAAACUGUUCAGUUUGUGAUAAUGGUAACUGCCAAAUGUGCGACCCUGGAUUCUUCAAAGUUCAAACGAGACUUUUAAAAAGAACAGUCUGUGUUCCUUGCGGUCCUCGAAUGAAAAGAAAUUGGCCGGACGUUUUCGUGAUAGAAUGUACAGAGUCCGGUAAGUAUGUCAUACAGUUUCAAAUGAGUUCAUGGUCUAGAGCGAUCCUCGCAAGCUUUUAUUACCCUAUAUGACCUGAACAGGGUUCACGCAUGUUCUGUGGCGUAAGCCAAGAAACAAAAGGUGUAGGUUUUACCUAUGGACCUAAAUUUUUGACCGUUCACGCCAAAGUCUUCGAUGUAAAUAAAGAAUCGCUAUUUGUACUCGACUAGAGAAAUAUAGCAAAUAUUGGCCACCUAGCUUGGUAAAUGACUUUUUUGCGCCGUGCUAAUCUACCUGUUGAAUUCAAAGUAUUGGUUUUGAGUUAAAGGAAAAAUGCAAUAAAGAGCCAAAACAAAGAUGGAUUAGUUCAGAAUGGAUUCCAAAUGGCAAACCCAGGCAGACGAGUGAGGUGUACUUUCUUUCGUCUCCGUAGGUUGUGGACGAGGAUGCGCUAACUGUACCACCCCUGGUCUUUGCACCGAAUGUGAAGGAGACCAGAAACUUUUCACACCACCAGGCAGUAACAUCACAAGAUGUGUUCGCAGAUGUCCGCCAUUUUACAAGCUGGAGAAGGGCGUGUCACCUCCAACAUGCGAAUUCCAGCAAGAGGGAGGAAAACCAAACAGACAGAACGGUAGUAAGUGAUUGUUUCAGAUUGUCGAUUUGAGUGAAGAGAUCAAGAGAAUAUUAUAUACUUUUGAUGGUUCUGCUGUACUUGUCAGAUUUGUAAAUCAAUACAAAUAUCUUCUGGGUAAGUUCAUGUAGCUUAUCAGCACUACCGGUAUUCGACAGCACUGCGAAGGAAUGCCAGAACAUCUGCGUAAACUCAUCUGACUGUUAGUUCCUUCAAAUAUGCACAUCCAUUUAAAGCGUGUUCUCUUUUUUUAUCUUUUAGAGUGUGGAAAAGACUGCGAGCAAUGUACAGAAGAAGGAGUUUGUGAGAAGUGCUUUAAAGAAUUUCAGUUUUUAAAACUACGCGAUCGCACAAUUUGCGUCCGAAAAUGUCCAUUAACUUUAAGAAAAUAUUUCGACCCAGAAACUAACAGAAUGAUCUGCGGGAAGUCGCGCCGUGGCAAAAAAGGUAACUGAGCAAAACGAUAGUUAAGUUUCUUCGGUUUUUUCCCUUAUUACGAAAAAGGCGUUGAUGGCCAAAAUAUGAAAACUCGUAGGAAAUUGGUCGAUGUAAAGCCAUUUCCAUGCAGGUGUCAUCCCAUAGACAACGCAACCAGUUCGCUUGGAUCCAGUUUUAAAACUGACAUAAAAAUUAUUUUAUAAUUUCCUUUAAUUUCCUUUAUCUUACACUCUAUUUGUUUUGUUUAUUUGAAUGCAUUGUCCAUCACUAAGGCUACACACAAAACCUAAUUAUUCCCGUUCUUUUACUUUAUUCAUAGGAGGAAGAAAGAAUCCUUUGCUGUCCGACAUUUAAAAGGCAGGCCUUUUGGUCCUGUGUACUUUUUUCUAAGGGUGUUUUUAUCAAGAUGAUAAAACUAAUUUAACAUUUUCCUUGCUGACAAAAGCUGCCAGGCAAAUGUCGUUGGAGGUCUUGGCUACUAACAAAAAGAAGUUGGCAUAAAGUUAAAAUGAAGCAAAAUUAUAACCCCCUCGCUUGUUGUUUUAGUUUGAUCGAAAUAAAACUCUCAACUACAAGGUUUAAAUAUAUUGAUUACAUCCUAGCUCAAGAGGUAUUUUUUUUCUAGCGUUAAUGUAUUUUCUACUCACUUGUUAAUUUUUCUACAAUACGCAUUCCUGCAAGAGAAUUGUCUAAGAUUUGUUGACAUUUGAAUAUCUUGUAAACCACAUCAACUAAAGAUACAUGUGAGUACUGUAGGUGAUAUAUAAGGUGACGAAAAACACACUGUAACUAUGUUUUUCUAUGUUUGUACCAUAUUAACAGC